GAGGAUGCUCGUGACCUGGAUGCCUACACAUUAGCCAAGUCUUACUUUGAUCUAAAGGAGUAUGACAGGGCUGCCUAUUUCCUACGGGGCUGCAAGAGCCAGAAAGCUUACUUCCUGUAUAUGUACUCUAGAUACCUGUCGGGCGAGAAGAAGAAGGAUGAUGAGACAGUGGAUAGUUUGGGACCUCUGGAAAAAGGGCAGGUGAAAAAUGAAGCUCUACGAGAACUGAGAGUUGAGCUGAGCAAGAAACACAAAGCACGGGAACUGGAUGGAUUUGGCCUUUACCUCUACGGCGUCGUGCUGCGGAAGCUCGACCUGGUGAAAGAAGCAAUAGAUGUGUUUGUUGAAGCUGCUCACGUCUUGCCUUUGCACUGGGGAGCCUGGCUGGAACUUUGCAACUUGAUUACAGAUAAAGAGAUGCUGAAGUUCCUGUCCUUGCCAGAUACAUGGAUGAAAGAGUUCUUUCUCGCACACAUUUACACAGAGCUGCAGCUGAUCGAGGAGGCUCUGCAGAAGUAUCAGAGUCUCAUUGAUGCAGGAUUUUCCAAAAGCACUUACAUCAUCUCUCAGAUCGCAGUUGCCUACCACAACAUCAGAGACAUUGACAAAGCGUUAUCCAUCUUUAAUGAGCUAAGGAAACAAGAUCCUUACAGGAUAGAAAACAUGGACACUUUCUCCAACUUGCUGUAUGUAAGGAGCAUGAAGCCUGAAUUGAGCUACCUGGCUCACAAUCUCUGUGAGAUAGACAAAUAUCGUGUUGAGACCUGCUGCGUAAUCGGGAAUUAUUACAGCUUGCGUUCCCAGCAUGAAAAAGCAGCCCUCUAUUUCCAGAGGGCCUUGAAACUGAAUCCCCGUUAUCUGGGAGCCUGGACACUUAUGGGACAUGAGUAUAUGGAAAUGAAGAACACAUCUGCAGCUAUCCAGGCUUACAGACAUGCAAUAGAGGUGAACAAAAGGGACUACAGAGCGUGGUAUGGCUUGGGGCAAACCUAUGAAAUCCUCAAAAUGCCGUUUUACUGUCUCUAUUACUACCGACGGGCCCACCAGCUCAGACCAAAUGAUUCUCGUAUGCUGGUUGCUCUAGGAGAAUGCUACGAAAAACUCAAUCAGUUGGUGGAAGCUAAAAAGUGCUACUGGAGAGCUUACGCCGUGGGAGACGUGGAGAAAAUGGCACUGGUGAAACUAGCCAAGCUGCACGAACAGCUGAAUGAAUCCGAGCAGGCGGCUCAGUGCUACAUCAAAUACAUCCAGGAUAUCUAUUCCUGUGGGGAGAUCGUGGAGCACCUGGAGGUGAGCACGGCGUUCCGCUACCUGGCCCAGUACUACUUCAAGUGCAAGCUCUGGGAUGAAGCCUCGGCUUGUGCACAGAAGUGCUGCGCCUUCAAUGACACUAGGGAAGAAGGCAAGGCCCUGCUGCGGCAGAUCCUGCAGCUUCGCAACCAAGGAGAAACCUCAUCCACGGAUAUUGCUGCUCCCUUUUUCCUCCCUGCGUCGUUGUCAGCCAACAACACUCCCACACGUCGUGUCUCCCCACUCAACCUGUCCUCUGUAACCCCAUGA